GGCAGGAGCGAGGCGGGCUGGUGGCGUCGAGCCGUUGGUGGCCGUAGGGGAGCUCCGUGCUGGAAGAGCCCCCUCCCUCGCAGACCCGGACCCCGAAAACAAAAGAGAAUGACAGACUUUCCGGAUGUAGUUUCUCUGGCUACAAAGCUAAAAAAUACAGUCAUCCAGUACUACGGCAUUGAAGACGGUGAAUGGAGAGUUGCUAAGAAAACAAAAGAUACUACGGUUUGGCGUAAGCCAUCAGAAGAAUUUAGUGGAUACCUCUACAAGACACAAGGGAUUGUGGAGGAUGUCGCCAACAGAAUAGUAGAUCACAUACGUCCAGGACCUUAUCGGCUACACUGGGACAGUCUGAUGACCACAAUGGACAUUGUUGAUGAGUUUGAAGAGAAUUGCUGUGUAAUGCGUUACACAACAGCUGGCCAACUGUGGAACAUUAUUGCGCCGAGAGAGUUCGUUGACUUCUCUUGCACAACUGACUAUGAAGAGGGACUUCUGUCAUGUGGUAUUAGCCUGGACUGUGGUGAAGUAAGACCAAGUUUUGUCCGAGGAUUUAACCAUCCCUGCGGCUGGUUCUGUUUCCCGCUCAAGGACAAUCCUAGGCACAGCCUUUUGAUCGGCUUUAUUCAGACGGAUCUGCGUGGAAUGCUCCCCCAGUCUGCAGUGGAUACAGCUAUGGCCAGUACACUGGCAAAUUUUUAUUCUGAUCUCAGGAAAGUUCUGAAGGCAUAAUUAGUGCCGACCUUAAACUCUCUGUGUUUCUUGCAACCCUCUUCCACGUCGCACAGUAGAUUUUUAAAACUUAGGGUGGGUUUGAGGCUUCCUGCAUGAAGAUCUGUAGUGUUUUCCUUAUUGGUGCCAGU